AUGGCAUCCAAUACGUCAUCCAAAGAAUUGUCCAAGGCCAUUGCGGCCUUCAUGGCCGAGCCCAUCAUCCCCAUCCCCGACGACCUAGCCAAGCUCAUCGAGGCGUACCUGAGCCGGCAUGUCAAAUACGACGAGACGGCCGCCGACCGGCUGCAGGAGGAGCUGUUGGCCCUCUUUGACAAAUACGUGAGGGGAGACUAUGGCGCCUUUGGCCCCUGGGUCGCCAUCCUCAGGCGGCUGCGACCCAUGAUCCGGACCCCCGAACGCAUCGUCAUGUGGCUCGACUGCCUCAAGGGCUACCUCUCCCAGCACGCCGACACGGGCAUCAUCACCGAGACCAUCGCCGCCAUGAUGGACCUGGUCGCCCUGGCUGACGAGUACCAGGAUGCCCACCCGGACGGCCAGGAUGGCGUCAUAUCCAACCCCAUCGUCGACCGACUGUUCCAGACCUGGAUGGAACGCCUCUACCCAGCCUUUGUCGAGGGCCUCCCGGGUAUGGAGUAUAAUGAACGCAUGUUCCGCGAGGCCCUGGUAGAUUUUGGGAAACGGAAACCACUACAAUUCUUUGCCACUCUAGACAGCUUCUUCGUCCAGAGCAAAUACCGGAAGGCCGUCCUCCGAUUUGUAUGCGACUUCCUCCAGAACCGACCCCCGCACGUCCACCGCAUCAUCGAGAGCGACCUGUUCGAAAACCUCCUCACCUGUCUGCAGGAGGACACAUCCACGACGGUGCUUUCCUCAGCGCUGACAGCCCUGGUCAUGCUCCUACCUUACAUGCCAAGUUCGCUGGUACCGCACCUGCCGGUCCUCUUUAACAUUUACGCUCGCUUGCUCUUCUGGAACGGCGCUGAUCGACCCGGCGCCUCGGGGUCGUCACCGCCACCACCGACCCGCGGGCUAGGCUCCGAGGGGAGUAGAGGGUGGCACGUCAGCGCCAACGAGCCCGGGGUCGACGACGACGCCGCCAUCCCCCACCUAGCAAACUACUUCACCAUACUGUAUGGGCUAUACCCGCUCAACUUCAUGGACUACAUCCGCAAGCCUCAGCGGUACCUACGGCACGCCAACGUGCCCAACUCGGACGAGUUUGAGAUUCAGCCGACCGAACUCCGCUGCCAGUCAGAGAGAUUCCGCCGGCAGCAUAUGCUGCACCCCAACUUCUACACCUUGACUAUCGAGACGGAAAAGACGGACUUUGGGCGCUGGAUCAAGAGCGAAGCAUCCGAGGUUGUAGCCGACUGCAUGGCCCUCUGCCUGGCGACUGAUGCGGUAACCAUCAACCCACAGUGGGAAAAGGCAGCGGCGACGACGGAGGCCGGGGUCACGGCUCCCGUCACGGCAGAGCCGCUAAAGGAAGGGCCUGACCCUGCACUUCUGAGCAGUUCGGCUGUCGUUGCAGAUACUCCACUAGGCAGGGCGCUGUCGUCGUCGAGCCUGCAGACUAUGACGAGGCAUGCGUCGCACUCUAGCGUCAACACGAACAGGGAGUCUGGCAGCGAACUGAGGGGACGCGAGCAGUCUUUGACUAACCUUGUGGGCCUGGUGCAGUCACCGUCAAACUCGCAGCUGCAAGAUCUAAUAAAGUCGAACAAGGCUAUCAAGUCGGGCCGCAAGCAGUCAUCGGCGGCAGCAAACGAGAGUGAAGCAUCGCCUUCGCCAGGACCUCACCAGGAUGGCCCGACGCCCAGCCCACGCGAGGAUGCUCCUGGUGGAGGGGCUACUGGGGCCGUGGUGGGGACAGGAGGGGGUUCUACAGCAACAGGAGCAGCCUUCGUCACAUCGCCCAUGGCCCUGACAGGCUCGGACUCGUCGCAGGCGGCACACCUUCAGCGGCAGAACUUGAUGCUGCAAAACGACCUGAGCUUCGAGCGAUACCAGAAGCAGCAGCACAUAGCGCACAUUGGCGAGCUCCGGCGCAAGCAGGUGGCGGAGGCGGCGACCGAGGCCGAGACGCAGAACCUACUCAUCAUGACACGCAACCUCAAGAGCCGGUUCGAGGAGGCCAAGGAGGCCGAGAUGCGUGUGCGGCGCGAGUCGGAGAAGAGCCGGGCCAUGGCCAAGAAAUGGGAGGCCGACCUGUCGGCCAGGCUCAAAACGCUGCGUGACCAGUCCAAGGAGACCAAGGGCGAAUUAGACAGGGUACGGCGCGAGCUACGCGACGCGCUCGACGAGCGAGACAAGCUCCGAAGGCUGGUAUGCGCCCGCGAAGUCGAGGAGCUAGGCCGGGAGCAGGACAAGCAGUCGGCCGAGCUGAGGGCUGCAGAGGUGGACCGACUCCAGGCCGAGAUCUCGAGGCUCACGGAGCUAGACCGCCUGCACCAGGCCGCUGAGAAGGAGCGUGUACUGGCCACCGAGGCUGCGGCCGAGGCGGAAGGUCAGAUGCAGCAUCUGCGUGCUAGGCUCGCGUCGCACGAGAUGGAGCUGCAGAGGGCGCGGAAGCUGUUUGAGGCGCAGAUGCGGCGGCAGCAGCAGCAGCAGCAGCAGCAGCAGAGGCAGGACCAGCAGAGGAGGCAUAGCACGGCCGCCGCGCCAUCACAGGCCGAGUCGCUGGAGAAGGUCAUGGCGGGUAGCAGGGCGAGGCAGGCGGAGAUGCAGCAGCAGUACGAUAUGCUCAUGCGCAAGUACACGAUGCUGCAGUCAUCCCUGCUAGACAUGCAGUCCGGUGCCACGCCCGAGCAGAUCAAGCUAGAGUCGCCCAGUCUUCCGCUCACGACCACCACUUCUACGCCUUCUGUUCAACCUCAUCCCUCUUCGGCUUCUACCUCGAGACUACCCAACAAGACGGUCUCCGGUGGCAAUAUCAGGCCGCUGCCACCGCGUUGGCGCGAUCUUGCCGAGAGCGGAGGAGGGACGGCCACAUCGUACAAUGUCACGCCGCCGCUGACGGAGCAGCAGCAGCAGCAGUUGCAGCAGCAGGGGCUUAUGACUAGGCCGUCUACGUCAGGGGGCAGUGGCGUUGGCGUGACCGGAAGCGGGAGUGGAAGCGGCAGCGGCACAGUCAAGAAGGAGAAGAAGUCUACGGGAUUAAGGGGGAUACGAACGGGGGUAGAAGAGUUUGUGCGGGGGAAGACGGAAUGA